GACUGCCGAGAAUCCUGACGUACAUACAAGAUAGCUGCCCUAUUCUAAACAUAUAUCAACAUGGUCAAAGAAACUAAGCUCUACGAUUCAUUAGGCAUAAAAUCCUCCGCAACUCAAGAUGAGAUUAAAAAAGCAUACCGCAAGUCGGCGCUGAAAUGGCAUCCCGACAAGAACAAGGACAACCCACAGGCCGCCGAGAAGUUCAAAGAGUGUUCACAAGCCUACGAAAUUCUCUCCGACCCCGAAAAGCGCAAAACAUACGACCAGUAUGGUCUCGAAUUCCUACUCCGCGGCGGCGUUCCACAACCCGAAGGCGGCGCAGGGCCGGGGGGCAAUCCCUUUGAAGGCAUGGGCGGAGGCGGCGGCGGUGGUUUCCCCUUCGCACAGCAGUCUGGCGGCAUGCCCGGCGGUGCUCGAACGUUCCAUUUUUCAACCGGCGGCGGCGGCAACGGCUUCAACUUCUCCAAUGCAGACGACAUAUUCUCAGAGUUUGUACGCAAUAGCGGCGGAGGCGGCGACGACUUCGAUUUUGGCAACUUCGGCAUGGGCGGGAAGCGUGGUGGCAGAUUUUCUGGUGGCAGGAGAGCGCCUGAGCCGGAAGUCACAGUUGUGGAGAAGCCGCUCGCUGUUAGCCUGGAGGAGUUGUACAAUGGCACAACGAAGAAGUUGAAGAUCAAACGCAAAACGUAUGACCAGUCAACCGGCAAACAGAGUACGCAAGAUCGGAUCCUGGAGGUCCCGAUCAAGAAGGGCUUGAAGGCAGGCAGCAAGAUUAAGUUCUCGGACGUGGGUGACCAGGUCGAAGGCGGGACGCAGGAUUUGCAUUUUGUUGUAUCCGAGAAACCGCACGCCAUGUUCACUCGCGAAGGCGACGACAUCAAACACAUCAUCGAACUCGAUCUCAAAGAAGCCCUUACCGGCUGGCGCCGCACGGUAGCGACCAUCGACGGCAAGCAACUCAGCGUUGGCAGCGGCGGACCCUCAGGACCUACCUGGACAGAACGAUAUCCCAAUCUGGGCAUGCCUAAGAGCAAGAAGCCUAACGAGCGGGGUGAUUUCAUCGUUGGUGUUAAGAUCAAGUUCCCCACGAGCUUGACGAGUCAACAGAAGGAGGCACUGGGGAAGAUACUAUAGGCGGCAUAUUUUUUAUUUCUUUCAAGUAUAUUCUUUCAGGGAUUACAUACGGCUCGGGCGAGCGAAAUGGCGUUGGUGGUGUUAUGAUUUAAAAUUUCCCCUCAUAGCGAAUGGAGGAAGGAAUUCAUUCAGCAAAGCGAGGAAGAAGUCCUCCCAUUCGAGGAUUUGGAGCAUGAUCGGGGAUGAAAUAUGAAGAGAUGAGCAAAGACGAGCCUACGAGAGACGAAAUGAUGAAUCCAAAAUGUUUGCGCAAUCC